CAUUUACAGUUUUAGUGCUCAGUGUAAUACAGUGUUUCUCAUGGUACUUUUCGUACAAAAUAAAAAAACCAGUGAUGGAAAAUAACCAAGGCGAGUCGCAGUUAUUUGUUCUAUUCAGCGGAUAUUCAAACAGUGAAAAUUGCUCGGAGACUAAUGUUAUGAAGGCAAAUUGUUCCUGUGUUUUGAUAAAAGGCCAGCAUAACAUUAUCAUAGAUACACGAACAGCGUGGGACGCGGAAGAGCUUUGCGGAGCUCUUCGGAAAUUGGACAUAACGCCGCAAAAUGUAGAUUACGUGGUGUGUACGCAUGGACAUUCUGAUCAUAUCGGAUGUAAUUAUCUUUUCAAUAAUGCGACACAUAUAGUCGGGUUCAGCAUAUCAUUCAGGGAUACUUACUUUUUAACACCAGAUUUUGCUAAUGGUGAGGAAUAUGUUAUUAACAAACAGGUCAAAAUUAUCGCCACCCCGGGACACACAUUGCAAGAUGUGACGGUUUUAUUUACAACACCUAAAGCUGAAAUGAUUGCAAUAACGGGAGAUUUGUUCGAAAAAGAGGAGGAUAUCCAUUGCGAGACAAUUUGGCAGAACGCGGGUAGCGACUCCAUUGAAUUGCAGAGGAGUAACAGAAGAAAAAUCUUAAAUUUAGCCAGUUAUAUUAUACCGGGACAUGGGCCAAUGUUUAAGGUCACGGACGGUGAAACCCUGGAAAAAACUUUGGACGCCGCACUGGAAGCGGGCUACAGGCACAUCGAUACCGCUCACUUGUACCGGAACGAGCAUAUUAUAGGCAGGGUCCUCGGGAAGUGGUUUUCGUCUGGAAAACUCAAGCGGCAGGACCUUUUCGUAACCACCAAGUUGCCGUUUUACGGGGUAUAUCCGGAAGGGGUGGACAAGUAUUUGACGGAAUCGCUGGCGGCUCUUCAACUUGACUACGUAGACUUGUACUUGGUGCACUGGCCGAUCCGGAUGAAAUCGUUGGGAGACGAGUGGAACACGUUGGCUUUCGAAGGUUUGCCUACUGAUCACGUGGCGGUCUGGAAAGAAAUGGAGAGACAGGUGCGUUCCGGACGCGUCAGAACUAUAGGCGUGUCGAAUUUUAACCGGCGUCAGGUGGAGAGGCUAUUGAGUGUCGCCGAAAUCAAACCCGCGUGCAACCAAAUAGAACUGAACGUCUAUUUGCCCCAAACCGAGUUCGUAAACUUUCUGCAGCGAAAUGGAAUCGUCGCGGUUUCCUACUUUUCCCUAGGGAACCCGGGACUCAAGGCGCAGAGGCUUCGGUCGGGAGUGUGGACAGAGGAGAAACCGGACGUGUUGGCGGAUCCGGUAGUGCGACGAAUCGCGAGGAAGCAUAAGAGAUCUCCGGCUCAGAUUUUGCUGAAAGUUCUGACACAGAGGAACGUCGUGGUGAUCCCAAAAAGCACGACGCAUAGCAGGAUAGAAGAAAAUUUUCGAUUGUUUGAUUUUACUUUGGACGAGGAAGAUGUGACGGCUAUCGCCGGAAUAGAGAUCGGCGAGAAGGCUAGGUUGAGCCACGUCAAAUCCGUUCAAAAUCACCCGGAAUAUCCCCAUCCAAUACCCGACUAACCAAAACUCCGUUUUGAGAUUAGUCUCUUAGGUUUUUGGAGUUUGGAUUGGUACUUGGAC